AUGAUGAGAUCCCUCCUCUGGUCGAGUCUACCGAGGCAGGGCAUUCCAUCCUCUUCCCCGACGCAUUCGCAGCACGCCAGCAGCAAGCCCGCCUCCACGGACUCGAGAUUCGACGAACCCGCCGCCUCCUCGCCUCGGAGCAGCAGCCUCAGCAGCACGAGAAGCUUCAAGAAGCAUGCACACACGACCCACGGCGACAGCAGCGUCACCGUCACCGUCAAGCCCGUCCGUUGUUCGUCCUCGUCGACCCUCAGCGCCAGCUCUCUCGCCUCGUCGCCCUCGCCAUCUGUAUCGUCCUCGCUCGCCUCUUCCGAGUUUGAUGUUGCCAUGGUCAAGCGUGGCAGAGCCAAGCGAACGUCCGACAGUUUAUCUCCGUCGAGUCCCCCCAGCACCACCACCAGCUUGUGUCGACCAACGACUCCUACGAGUCCCGUCCAGAUACCAAAGCACGCCAACCGCGACUCGGCGCAUAACUCGAAGCGCCCUGCCACGACACAUCACCGCCGUAGACAUCCUCGCCAACAUGCCCACGACCCCGAGUCCUUGUCGCCGUCCCUCGCCGCUCUGCUUGCUGUCACCGACAUCCCCCGCCAGACACGCCGGCGGCGGCGGAGCGACAAGCCCUUGACCGUCGACGAGAUUGUUGGGGACCAACAUGUCUCUGAGAAGGAGCUGAGCCUGACGCUGAGCCGCGGGCCCAUGGAUGUGCUGCUCUCGCCGCCCGACGACCUGGCCGACGACGACGCCAGCUUGACCGAGAGCAACGUCGGUUCGGCCAUCGCCAGGACCACGUCCAUCGACUCCAUCCCCUCCCUCGGCGACUCCUUUGUCACGGACAUGCUCUCUUCAGUCGAUACGCCCCGCAGUCAGUGCUCACAAAAGCGACGUCUCAGCCCCAUGCGUAAGAGUCUCGAGCCCGUGCGCUCCCCCCCGGACGCCACCGAGGAACACCCGCUUGCCGGCGAUGCGCUGGACCUCGAGGACUUGGAUUUACAGGUGCUGGGAGAAUCACUCGAGGAGGAAUCCACUGGGCUGCAGUUCCUGGAGCCCUUUAAGCCGCUGCGGUCCGUCUUCAAGUCCAACCUGACGGCCUCAUUACGAGCGUUGCGAUCCGCCGCCAAGUCCUUCUCCAGCAUCAACUUCCCCUCGAUCCCGCCCGACGACUUUCUGACGCGGUCCAUCCUCACCAUUGACCCCAAUGUGCCCUAUGCGGACGAACGGAGACCACCUGUCACCGAGGAGAUGCCCUCGGCGGAGCUGCGACGGUAUCUGAACCCAACAACGAGCAGCCUCAUUGACCCGCAGCCGAAGCCGCGCCGGGCGUUUUCCGCGUCGAUCCAGAUGCAGACUUACAAAGUACAGCGCUCCCGGUCGCCGCACCCCUCUGUUCGCAGCCCAUACCCUUCGACGUCGCCGCAGUCGGGCAGCACCGGCCAGCACACGCGCCCCACAACACCGGCGCCUGGCAUGCGCCAGCGCGAGAUGCGAGAGAACUCGGACUUUAUCCGCAUCGCCGUCAUGGAGAUGGCGAUGCGUCGGAGCGGGAAGCUCGACAACCAGCGGCCCGGGCGGGCUCGAUGGGCCUUACCACCGCGACGGCCAUCGACAAAGCCCUACGAAGUUGCACCCAAUGGAGUGCCACUGCGUUGGACGUGCCUCAGCUAUGAUUGA